AUGAUCAAUAAAAUCACCCAGCACGACCUGCGAACCUUGCUCGAGAUCUUCUCCAUGACCAAAACCAAUGGACCACCCAGUCUCCGACCAGGUAGGUACGAGUUCGAUGACCGCGCCGGCUCCGUUCUAAUCACCCGGAUCCAGGGCGUGACAUCAGUGCAAAUCGCAGUCGAUGUAACGUACGAGCCGUGGACGAUCAAGCUAGCGCCGUUUAAGAAUAACUCGCUUACCGUGACUCUCAAGGAGGAUACUAUGGUGGUUCGAAAUGGUCUUGAAUCUAAUGUUGUGCUGCCUAUGGUGGUGGAAAAUGGAACGGCGGUUAUGAUUGGAUUGGCUAGGGUGCAGUUUAAGGGGUAUAUGUCGGGUGCUGUGAGGGCUUCGAUGGGUGCGGAGAGUGAGGUUGAUUGGGAUAUGAAGAAUAAGCUUGUCUUUAGAGUCUAG